UGAGUGAGUGCGCGCGCCCGAGGAGAGCACGAGCCGAGCAGAGACAUGAGCCUCGGUCCGAAUCGACCGGACUGAACUGAUCACGAGCGGCGGAGCGGCGCGAGGACACCGUGAGUACCGUGGAGCUCCGAACUUUUCCCGCACUUUCAGCAGCUUUGUGCGGCUCAGAGAGUUUCAGCAGCGCAUCUAUGACUCAGUUUGUCCUUGUGGGGGUUGACUCUGAGGUUUUUGAGGUGAUAACAGAGUUACUGGAAUCCUCCAGCUGCGGCGUCCAAUCACCAGGCGGCUGAGGCCAGAGGUGCGCUGUGAUUGGUGGAGCUCCUCUCAGUGGGAGGUGUGGAGGUCAGGUUUCUCUGGUCAGUGUGUGAUCUCUUCGUUCUGACGAGACACUUGUGUGCAGUUUAACCAGCUCUCAGCCCAAUCUCAACAAACUGGCAGUCAGAAAAUAAAUAGAUCUGGUUCUUCAGACAGACCGGCUUCAUGAGUGACCUCUGACCCGUGAAGCCCCUCCCCUCCAGUCCCGUCCAAUCGCGCGCUUCCUGUGUUCGUCACGAUGCUCUGCUACGAUCACGAGAACGUGAGCUUCUUCUACAACCACAGCAAGAAGAACAUCAGCGAACAGUGGCACACCAAAGACGUGGUGGUGGUGUCUCUGGGACUGCUAGUCUCCGCCUUCGUCAUCUUCACCAACAUCCUGGUCAUGCUGGCCAUCUUCAUGAACCGCAGGUUCCACUACCCCAUCUACUACCUGCUGGGGAACCUGGCGGCGGCCGACCUGUUCGCAGGCAUCUCCUACAUGUACCUGAUGUUCCACACGGGCCCCUGGACCAUCAAGCUGUCCGUGCAGCAGUGGUUCGUGCGGCAGGGCUUGGUGGACACCAGUCUGACGGCGUCGGUCAUUAAUCUGAUGGCCAUCGCGCUGGAGCGCCACCAGACCAUCUUCACCAUGCAGCUGCACAGUAAGAUGACCAACCACCGGGUGGUGCUGCUGAUCGUGGGCAUCUGGCUCAUCGCCAUCGUGCUGGGUCUGGUGCCCUCCAUGGGCUGGAACUGCCUCUGUGACGUCCAGCUGUGCUCCAACAUGGCUCCGCUCUACAGCCGCAGCUACCUGGUGUUCUGGGCCGUGCUCAACCUGCUGACCUUCACCGUCAUGGUGGCCGUCUACACGCGCAUCUUCGUCUACGUGCGCCACAAGAGCCGCCGCAUGAGCCAGCACACCUCGCAGGUCAAGCACAAGGAGACGGUGGUCAACCUGAUGAAGACCGUCGUCAUGAUCCUGGGAUGUUUCGUGGUGUGCUGGACGCCGGGGCUGGUGCUGCUGCUCCUGGACGGUUUGUGUAAAUCCUGCAAAGUCCUGACCUACGAGAAGUUCUUCCUGGUGCUGGCCGAGUGCAACUCCUUCAUGAACCCCAUCAUCUACUCCUACCGGGACAACGACAUGCGGGACACCUUCAAACGGCUCCUGUGCUUCCCGUGUGUGGGGUGGCAGCAGAAGGACGGGCAGUCGGGUGUCCGCUUCAACACCCUGGAGCAAGAGGUACUCUCAGAGAGCGACGGGACCAGCGCGCCUGCAGCAAACCAUCGCUCGAGCACACGCUAAAGCUGAACUCUGUGCUCCUGCCAUCACUUAUCAUAGUCUAGCCGUCAAACAUGAGCCGCAGUGUUUGUCUGUCUGUGCAGUUUUAUAGCAAAGUGGCAUUUUAGCAUUGCUUCUCCAUUUGCACAAACUCAACCCCCCCCACACACACACGCAUAUAUAUAUAUAUAUAGUGUAUGUAUGUAUGUAUAUACUUUUACAUUUGUACAAACUCAAUCACUAACACUAGCAUUUACAGAAGCUUGUGCCUUGCCAGAAAAUGUAAAGACAACUCUUUAUCUUACCAUUCUGACUCUCUUUCCUUGCAAUUCUGACAUGUAAACUUGCAGUGGCUGGAUAGGAACAAAUAUCUUUAACAGGAUCGUGAAAUAUGAGCCCAGAAUUCUGAGGACAAAUGCCAGGAAUCCAAUAUGUAAAUGAAAAAAAAAUUGUGAGAAAAAAAAUUGUGAGAUGUAAACUCAGAAUUCCAUGGAAAAAAGAAUUCCAAGGAAUUUGAGUGAUGAAUUCUGAGGAGUAAAAAUAUUGAGAUGUAAACUAAAAAAAGAUAAAAUCACACACACACACACACACACACACACACAUAUAUAUAUAUAUAUA